GAAGAAAACGACAUGGAUCCUUUCUACCAGACGGGCCCCAUUUAUGUGAAGGUGAACACCCUGCAAGGAAAGAAAAUGGUUGAAAGCGGUCUGCAGUCGGGAGACUUUUCCCUGCCCGAGUCUCUGUCCCCAUGUCUCCCCCCGCAACCUGAAAUGGAGAACCUGCUGCAAAAAGUGACCGGGGUCCAGAGGGACCUGGAGGAUUUCAAACAGGAGACACUGCAGGCCAUUCACCGACUCGAGAAUGCCUACUGCGAGAUGAGCAGGACUCUGGCCCAGCAGGAAGAGCAGGCGGCGAGGGUGAAGCAGCGAUUGCGCGAGGAGGAGGACCGGGGCAUCGUGCGGAAUAAGGUCCUCACCUUCCUGCUCCCCAGGGAGAAGCAGCUGCGGGAGCACUGCCGAUGGCUGGAACAUGUGUUGGUAAAGACUGGGAGUCAUGAGGUUCAGGGAUCUGCAAAGAAGAUUUCAGGGAACUGA